UAUGAAGAUGAUAUAAAAGAUUUCUCAGAUGCGAUUAAAAUAGACCCAAAAUUAACCACAGCAUAUAAAAACAGAGAUGAAUAUUACGAUUUUAUAGUUAGGAAAUGUUUAUUCUCAUUUAAUGAAAUAUCCUGAAGCUACUCAAAUGCAAUAGAGAUUGAUCCAUAAUCUGCAAAGGCAUAUAAUCAUAGAAGUAACUAUUCACAAUAAAUAAUUAGGUAAUGCUUAUAUUAAAUUAGAUAGAAUUGAUGAUUGUAAUAAGGAUUACGAAUUAGCAAAUAAAAUUGACCCAGAAAAUAAGAAUAAUAAAUGUAAAUAUUACGAAUUAUUAAAUAGGGAAUGUUUAAUUCGAUUUGAGCAUAUUUGAUAUACCAAAACAAUCUAAUUGUGAAUUUUAUUAUUAUAUUAGAAAAAUAAUUUUAGAAAAAUAUAAAUGCAAUUAAGAUAGACACUUAAAUAACAGUAGCC